AUGGCUCCAAGGGGCACCAGAGGCGUUUCUGUGGAGGAGGAAAUUUCAGAAGAUGAGGACACAUUGCGGGGAGGGGCCGUUGGCUGCGCAAGCAACAGUCGCCGGAGAAGCAGCAGCAGCAGCAGCCGAGGUAGCAGCAGCGGCAGCAGAAAUGGCGGCAGUGAUGAUUCUGGAGUAGAUGACGGUUGCGAAGGACUGCUUGAGACGCUUCGACAGGAGCAGAAGCAGAAGGACCAAGCGUCAGCAGCAGCAGCAGCAACCGCAGCGGCAAAGAUGUGCGACGGAGCAGCAGAGGGAACUCUGCAGUUGCUCAGGGGUGACGAAGCCGAUGCUGCAAUGGUUGAAGGCAGCACGCAACACGGGGAUCUGCAGCGGCAACUGAGUGCUCUUGCUGCUCCGUCGCGGCGUGCAGCCGCAGCAGCCGCAGCAGCUAUGGAUGAGGGCGCUACAGCAGCUUCUGCUGCGGCGGAAGCAGCAAAGCAAGUGGCGCUCGACUCUGGAGUGCUGCCAGAGCGUCUCCCGUUGCAUCAGCAGCAGUUGCUGUUGCGGCAGCAGCAGUAUGAGUUUGCGCAGCAAGAUGCAUGCAAGUGGGUGCCUGUGCUGCAGCAACAACAGCAACAGCGGCAACUGCAUUUUGGAUAUGCUUCCACAACAGCAGCCACCUGCACCACGCGCAGCAUGCAGCAAGCAGCAGCUCUCAUGCAACCCCAAGGUUUCGAGGCAGUGCUGCUGCAGGCAGUGGCCAACAGCAGCAGCGAUCAGCAGCAGCUGCUGCAGGAGAAGGCUCUGGCCCCUGCAGACCCCAUAAGGAGGCAGCAAGAGCAGCAGCAAGCUGCUCGCCUGCGUUUUCUUUUGUCUCAAGAACAUCGGCGUCUUCACCGGUUGAAACAGGUAAAAUCGAAGGAGGGUCGCCGCAAGCGUAGACAGCUGGAGGCGAGGCAGCAGCAGCAGCUCUUAGAGAGACUGCAACAGGAGAACCCCGAGCUAGCUGCGCAGCUCCUGCAGCAGCUGCAGCAGCAACACGCAAAACAGCGUAUCCUCAGGCAGCAGCAAGCAAGAACCAAGUGGGCUAGAUUAGCUCAGCGUUUCGGCGGCAAGGACAUGCAGGCAGAGAUAAGCAGACAGCAACAACGCGGGUUGGAUGAGCGUCGAGCCUUAGAAAAGGCGGUGAAGGGACAGCAGCAGACCGACGACAGCGAUGACGACGAAGGCCCCAGCAGUGGUGGUGAGGAGCUCGACGAAGAUUCAGGUGCUCCCCAGACAGCAGGAGAGAAGCUAAGGGCUCUUCGUGCAGCAGCAGCUGCUGCAGGAGGAGGAGGAGCAGGCGAAGCAGAUGAACUACCGGAGCUCCCGAGUAAGGGACUGUUCGGUCUCCCCUUUGUCCGUCGGGGGAUCGAAAAGGCCCGUAAAGAAGCAGCAGCUCUGCAAGCCAAGAUAGAACGGAGGAAGCGGCAGCGAGAAGCUGGCAUACCCAGCAGCAGCAGCAGCGAGAGCAGCAGCGGGAGCGGCAGCGAGGGAGAACUCAGCAGCAGUAGCUCUGACACAGACGCCAGCGAAGGUGAACAGGAAGACGCCGCAGACGGGGCUGAAGUAGAUCGCAGCAGCAACGCAGCCGCAAAGGCAGCAAAACUCUGCUUGGCUGCUGCAAAGCAAGAAAGGAAAGUCAUGAAAGCAAAGGCGAGAGCUGCUGGUAAUGCUCCUGCUCAACCCCCUGAAGUCGGCAAGGAAGAACUGCAGCAGGCAGAGACACUUGUCUCCUCCCUGUUGAAGGAGGGGGGCCUUGAGGCCCUCCUCUCUCCUAAGCUUGCAGAAGAAGAAGCGAGGGAGCAACAGCAACAGCAGCACCAGAAACAACAGCAGCAGGAGCAACAGCAGCAGCAUCAGGAUGAAGAUGCAAGCGGAGAUGAGGAGGAACUGGCGAUUUCAUCCGAGGCAGCAGUCGCGUUGCUGCACCGAACAUUGAAAAAGCAGCAGCAGGAGCACGAGAAGCAGGAACAACAGCGCAUGGAAAUGCGGCGGCAGCACCAUGCAGUGAAAGCAGCAGAUUUGGAGAUGGAAGCUGCUGCUCAGCUUAUGAAGCAGCAGAAGCAAAAGAAACAACAGGACACCAGCAACAGCAACCCAUGGAUGCAGCAGCACAAGAGCAGCAGCAGGAAACAAACAUCAGCAUCGGCUGCAGCGGCUGCAGGAAAGUCUGAGCCUGCAAAGACGCUGCAUGAAGGCUUGGAAGACUUUCUGCAGACGGUCUCUCAUGAGGCAGUUGCUGCCGGGGAGAAGGGAGACACCCCUACAGUAGGCGACGCAAAGAGGAAACAGCACCAGCAGCUGCAGCAGAAGAAGCAGCUGCACCAGAACCAGCGAGAACGGCAAAGGGAGGAGGAGCAGCAGCUGUUGGUGCAGCAGGCGUUUGUAACUGGGGAUGAAGAGGAACUCUUUUUAGCAGAAGCCGCACAAGAAGCAAAAAAGGAGGAGGGAGAAAAAGACGAUUCUUUUCUGCCGGGUUGGGGGUCAUGGACAGGAGCGAACGUAAAGAAACCACGAAGGAAGCCUGCAGCAGCAGCUGCUGCUGCAGCUGCGGCUGCAAAGGCAGCAGCCGCAGCAGCCAGUGUUGCGAAGCGCCUCGUCGUUAUCAACACCAAAGACGACAAGAAGAGCAACAAAUACUUCGUGUCUCAGCUACCGAAGUGCAUGCCCGCUGAGGAAUACGAGGCGCAGAUCCGGCAACCUUUGGGGCCGGAGUGGAAUUCUGCUGCAGCUCACCGCCGGCUUGUAGCCCCUAGGGUAGAUGUGCGUGUGGGGGCAGUAGUGCCGCCCCUGCAAUCUGCGAAGCUGCUGCAGCCUGAGGCUCGAGAAGAGCUGCUGAAUUUGUGGGCUCUCAAAGGCAACAAAAGGAAGAGAUCACAAGUCCGUCUGUAA